UUGAAGAACUGAUACAUAUAACUUUACAAAAGAAAAGGAAUACAAACGACCAAAGAGAUAUAACAUGAAGAAGACGAUUCUGAAGUUAACGACCCUCGUUUUAGGGGUUUUCUUCAUCAUUUACCUUUUUCUUCAAGAGCCUCGAGGUGGAUCGAAGGAUGGAGAUCUCUCGAUGUCGAUGGGACGGAAGUUAAGAGCUGUGGAGCCGAUUGAAACCAAAAAUGAAGCAAGAACAUUGGAAGAUUCAUCAACAGAUCAGUUAGAGAGAGAAGUGGAUCAUCUGAUGAGGCACGAAUAUCCUUCACCGGUGAAGCCAAGGAAAAGAACUCCGGUUCACAAUGGCCUGCCUUAUGGUCAUUAAUUAAUCAGUUCACACCACUUGACCCUUGUUUUCUUGUUCCUUCUAUUACUACUUUUAUGUAUAAUAAGUUAGCUAAAUUCAUAAAAUUAAUGGACGUAUCAUGUAAUGCUGAGUAUUACAUACUUUGUAUACAGA